CAAUGGCAAUGGCAGCAAGUGUAACUGACGAUCUAGAAAGUGAACUCUUAAGAUCGUAUUUGACAUUGGAAGCUAUUGACACUAAUAUUUUCAGAGCCCCAUCAGUGAAUCUUUGGCACCCCGUUGCUGGAAGAUUUGUUUAUGGAGGUCAAGUAAUUGGUCAGGCACUGAUAGCAGCUUGUCGUACUGUCAAGGAAGAACAGCAUGUUCACAGCUUACAUUGUUAUUUUUUAAUUGGAGGAAAUGCCAAGAAAAAUAUUCUAUACCAUGUAGAUAGAACUAGAGAUGGAUCUACAUAUAGUUCUAGGGCAAUCAAAGCUACACAAGAUAGUGUACCAAUAUUUACCAUGCAGGCUUCAUUUAAGUUGGAGGAGUCUGAUCCAUUAAAACACCAGUAUGUUAUGCCUGUAGUCCCAGGUCCUGAAGAAUUAAUAGAAAGCUAUGAUUUCCUGCAAUCCCAGUUAGAAAAUGAGGAGACAACAAAAGAACAUAGAGACUUUAUAAAGAGAAUAUUAGAAAAACAAAUGCACAUAGAGAGACGAGCAGUGGAUCCUCAUCUUUACCAUGGUUUGACCCAGGGAGAACCCAGACGGUACAUCUGGGUGAAAGCUAGUGGUCAUAUUGGACCAGACAUCAAGUUACAGCAGUGUAUAGCAGGAUUUAUGUGUGACAUGUUAUUGUUGGGUGCAGCAUUACAACCUGCUGUUCCAGGGACCAAAGUAGGUUUCAUGGCAUCAUUAGAUCAUAGUAUGUGGUUCCAUAAUCCUUUCAGGGCAGAUGAAUGGAUGUUGUAUGAGAUAGAAUGUCCACAAUGUGGGUCAGGAAAGGCUUUAUGUACAGGAAGAAUGUGGAGACAGGAUGGUGUAUUGGCUGUGUCUAUGGCCCAGGAGGGUGUUGUCAGAUCUGCUCUGUGAUAAAGUCUUCACUUAUAUCCAAGAUUUUACCUUACUUAAAUUCUACAAGUUAAGAUAUAUGAGACAAUAUCAGAUAGGAAACUUAAUUAUGUCAGAUUAUUCAAUAAUUCCUGUAUACUGGGUAGAAAGGUACAAAACAUUAAAUGUUCACUUCAUAAAAAUUCAUUUAAAAAAGAGGCUAUCAUUAUAACUACAACUCUUUUUAUUACUUCAAUGCUUGUAAUAUAUUAUGGAUUUUAUAAAUCUGAUAUCCAGAGUGUAAUUGAAGCUGAGAGGUUUAUACAUUAGGAAUUCAAUGUUGUAUUUGAAAAAAUAGGUUAAUGAUAGAGGAGGGAUGACAGCCCAGGUGCCGUGUGCAAAAACUUUCAGGCCCCAAGGUUAGAUUUCAGCUUCCGUUUGUCAAUUUUAAAUAUUGUAAAAGAUCAAUUUGUUCAUGUUUACAAAUAUAUUUUUAAUGCAAUCAUGGAAAAUAUUGC